CAGUAUUACGGAUAUUGUUUUUAGAUUUGCUUUCCUCUGUUAGCAAGCUAUAUACUUGUUGUUAGAUGCAUUCAUUUAGAGUGUUAUAGAUAUAAUAUGGUCUGUUAAGACCUCAAUGUUUGUAUUAGUGCUCAGAAAACAUGUAAUCUAGCGUCCAAAGAGUGUGCCUGGCUCUACCCUUCAGACAUUCUGAACCUGCUCCUGAGUCUCCCUGGACAGAAAAAAACGUGGGCGCACGAGAAACACAGAUGCAAAACUACAAUUCCCAUUGCACAUACGAUUUUUAUUCCGCGUGGUACUGGAAGCCUCUGAUGAGAGUUGUGUGGUUUCGGCUCUGUAGUAGUGACCACAUCGUUCUGUCUUUAAAUUUCUUUUUCAAUUUAAUCACCAUAAGGAAUAGUGUUUUGACCAUUAAAGUGUUAACAACCGAAAAGAGUGUCCUUUCAAGAGGUGCGGCUUGUUGAAGCAGGAAAAGCGUGAAACGCCGGAAGUAGUGGAUGUAAACGGAAGGGUUUGAGCGUGUUUCUGUGUUUGGUAGAAAACAUUUAAAUUUUUCCACGUGCAGUACUGAAGAUCUUUCUACUAAAGAUGAAUUUGGAACGGGUAUCCAAUGAGGAAAAGCUCAACCUCUGCAGGAAGUACUAUUUAGGUGGCUUUGCCCUCUUGCCUUUUCUUUGGCUAGUGAACAUAUUGUGGUUCUUCAGAGAGGCUUUCCUGAAGCCUGCUUACACAGAACAGCCUCUGAUAAAAUCUUAUGUAAAGCGGUCAGCACUUGGACUUUUAUUUUGGGUAGCAGUAUUGACUACGUGGAUUACCAUUUUCCAGACUCAGCGAGCAAAGUGGGGGGAAGUUGGAGACUACCUUUCCUUUACAAUCCCCCUGGGAAUUCCCUAAAUAAACCAGGAUUUCCUAAAUGUGCAGCGUCUUUGCUAGUAUCGUAAAUGGAGCUCUAGGAUCAUUUUUGUUUUUCUUCAGACUGCUUUAGAAACAUUUAAAGGCUGCAGCAAGCCAUACAUUUUUUUGUUUCUUAACUGUACCUUUGCCUUUUUAAACGGAUCUGAUCUGUGUACAAGUUAUCAGUCAACACAAACUGCUGUUUUUGCAGAUAAGAAAGCAACCAAACCAUAAAACUCCAAAGUAGUGGUUGAUCUGUGAUCUCGUAAUGAUAUUUGCUACAGAAGUCAUAUGUGGAAGGAACAAUCUCUUAUUUUCUUUGAAGCUUAAUCCAUGAUGUUGCUAGAGUGUAGAAACUAGAGAAGUCUGUUUAAAUCCUGAUUGACUCGGUAGUUUAAUCCGUACUGCAUACUACAUUUACCACAACUACAUUUUAAGACUGUAGUAAUGGAUUUUAAUCAUCUGUAAACCUUUCAUUAGCUACACUUUUUUUCUUCUGUCAUGUUAUUGUACAUCCUUGCUAGUUAUAAAAUGUCUGUGUUAGUCCAUGCUAUGAUAUUGCAUCUGGUGUUUACUGGACUGUCUUGGGGGGGGGUCAUCUGUAUCACUCAGCGUCAUCUUGUGGAAAUGGGCCGAAUUGAGUAAGUCAUUACUCUGUUGAGUCUUGGAACAGUUUUCUCAAUAUGGUAGAUUUAAAUGUCAUAUAUGAUGCAUUUGAUAGAGAUUUGGCUGAGGCCAUUUCUUCAUACUAGCCUUUGGUGGCAUUAUUCAGAAUUAACAAAAAGUCCUGAUAGUUUAAAAGCUUAUAUUCUGACUGGGAACAUAAUUCACUAGGAACUCUUAGCUGCCCUCACAUCUAUUGAUAAUGGAGUGUGAAUGCACCCUUUUGAAGAGAUAAAUUCUAAUGUGAAUGUGUCUUUUACAUGUUAUGUUUCAUUUGAUAAUAAUGUAAUAUAUUAAAUAUGGUGUGUUGAGAUUGAGAUACUUUGGUCCUAACUUGUAACAGUAUGCUGAUUUGGACCUUUAAAUAGGAAAGUGAAGUUUUGUUUGAAAAUUUGUUUGGGUUAAUUGCUUAUUUACUAGCAGGCUGAUCUUGGUGGUUCAUCUUCAGCGUAAUCACAGCUACCCACUACAUGUUACCACUCUUUGUAAAGGGUUGAGUGGCUGUCCCACAUGUGUAUUUGCAAUUUUGUAUUCCUUCAUUCUGGGAAUUUCUGAAGAGGGCUAGGAAGCUACUUUGUGAACAGAAUUCCUUGAGAGAGAGAUGUAUACUAUCAGCAUGUUUUGUGUAUGUUGCUGUGGAAGUUAAGUAUGUAGUACCAGUUUUUGUGGUAUUACAUGGACAAUGUUAUUUGAAGCCUUGUGGGCUAUGCAGAGGUCACAUUGCAAGAGUCUAUCAAACUGAAAACAGAGAAAGUUUUACAGAAUUCUGUGUAGGGCAUAGAACUCCUGGUCCUUGAUUUUCUUAGUGAGGAAACAUCAAGGUCUUUAAGGUUAGUGUGUGUGCUUGGUCAGGUCCAUGCCAAAAGGAGCAUUAUAUUCAUUUCUUUGCUUCUAGGAUGAGUAGAAAGGGAUAAAUGACAUCCUUGGAUCUAGAAGAUAUGCCUUUGGUUAUCGAUUGGGCUAGGUAGAAGGAUCAACUAAUGACAAACACAUCAUGAAAAAUGCAUUUAAAAUGCAUUUUUCCUCUACUGGCAUUUUGUAGUGUGGCUGCUGCUUUGUUUUGGUAAUAUAAAUUAACUUAUUUGAUGUACUUUCUGUGUGAUUUAUAGAAAUUAAAUUUAUGGGAUCAGUAGGGUACAAGUCUGCUGCUUCUUAUGGUACUGUAUUAGGGUGAGUGGGAUACAAGCAUAUCCAGUUUGUAGCAUUCCAGUUCUUUUGAUUUUGGCAUGAUAUAAUGGAGUUGUUCCUUUAAAAAAUAGUAUGUCACUGCAGCAGAAUAUUUCAUAUUGUCAUGCCCUACUUCUGAUUUUUUUUCAAAAUUGUGAUAGUAAUGGAGCCAGUUAUGUGUUGUGUGUAAUAGUAUGGCAUAUAACAAGAUGAAUUGCCCCAGCCGCCUUCACUGCUCUUUCAGUCUUGUAUGGCUUUGUUUCUCUGUUCAUCUCUACAAAAUGUAUAAACACAGUAGAGGCCACACACUGAUGCUUCUGGUUGCUGACCUGUUUUGUCAUUGUAACCACCAGGUGUGGGGAAGGGGUAGUGUUGCAUAAUAAUGACCUAAAUGGAAAGGUGAUUCAUGAAUUACUCCAAUGUACCUAGUUAAGGCAUUGAGUACUUAAAGUUUCACUGUAGGUGCUGAAAGUGUUUGUUUAGAGCAAAUCAUUGGGGAUCCGGAGGUGGGAGGGUGGAUAUUUUGGGGAGCAAGCUGUGAAAUGGUCAUGGGAAUGAGAUGGAUACUUUCUGCAACAGGCAUCACUUUUUACAGGGGUCAGGGCUGAGAAGGGAAAUAAUUUAGAUGACUAGCAUUUUGUAUUUUAUGUGGGAGUUGUUGGAUUCCUUCCUGGGUGUUUCAGCAUUGUUUUAAGAGAAUGGAGAAGUGAUUCUAAACAGACAUUUUAGAAGUUGUAGACAAUUGGGGGGAAUUUACAUUAUGUAGUGAGCAUUAAGCAUGCAUGUUUAAAGACUUGGGAGGCAACCCUGUACUCAGGCAUGACAGUAAGGGUAGUCAUAGAUACGUCAGUAUGGGGAGGGCAGUGGUGUGUCUAUUUCUACCACUUAUACCUGUAUGUGUGUAGUUAACCUAAAUCAGAAUUUCUGUCUGCCUCUUCACAAUAUACUAGUCUCCUGUGUAGCUUAUGCAUCGUUGUCAAGUCUACAUAGUGUAGCAUAGGCAGUAGUAGUGGUCUAUUUUCUUUUCUCUUUUUUUUCAUGAGUCCCAGUCUCUCUCUCUUUUUUCAUCUAGCAACAGUCUUGUAUUGCUUUAUUAUGGAAUUUGUGUAGAAUGUACUACUAUUCUUUGUUGGCCUUCUGAAGCAUAAUUUAGUACAACUGUAGUACAAGUGGCAGUAAAAAAUGAGAUGUGGCUUUGGUAUAAGAAACAUUGCUUUAACCUACUCUCAGUUACUUUGACAAAACCAACAUUCCUGUUAAGGAGCUGGUAGAAGCCUAGAGGAUAAUUUUAAAUUAAGUCUUGAAUGUAAAAUUUAAUGAAACUUUUAAGUUCAUAGUUUUAGUACAGUAUGCAUUAAAUGCAUCCAUAAAAAUAAGAAAAAACUGGUUACUUCCUUAAUAUAGUGUCUUUCCCGAUAUAGCAACAUAAACAAUGAUCAGGGCUAUUAGAGCAGUUUCACCAUAGCGAUUUUGCAAGGGCGCUAUAAUAAGGAAGUAAAAUUAUCUAAUUGGUGUGCCAUUAUCAGAUGUCACUGCUUAAGAAAUGUAAUUGUAAAUAUAUGAAGUUGUAAAGUAUUACUGUAAUACUAAACUGCUGUACUACCAAACAGUAGCUGUAUACUGAGAACAGCUCUUACGACACAUCUACAUAGACUAUCAUUUCUGCGCUUGACUGUGUACUAACUGUAAUUUGUAAACUGAUGUAACUUCUUCACAGUCUGUGUUCACGGAGUAUGUAUUACUUGCAGUCUGUGUGGUGGUAGCAUAUAUAAAAACUUACCAUAAUAUGGUCAUGUAGAUAAUGUACAACCUAUGAGACUAUCCCACUGACCUAUCUAAGAAUAGGCCUGGCCCAGCAGGGUUAACGUACUCAAUAAAACAAAAAUAUAUAAAACAAACAAA